AUAUUCUAAUAGAGAAAAACAUAUAUUUUCACUAAUAGGGUACACAGCGAUUAAUUUAUGAACGUGCAGUUUUAUGUAUUUAUAAUUUUUUCUAUAAGAUUAACGUGACAAAGGAAAAAAACAAAAAUGACUAAUAAUAAUCAAACGCGAUUUCAAAUUCUUAGAAACCCUAAUAAAAGUGCUGAUAUUUUCGAAAAUCACAUUGAUUCUCCAUUAAAACCUUUAUGGACUUUUGGAUGGAACUGUAAAAUCGGAUUGAAAAGUAUCUUAAACGAAGAUUUUAAUGAAACUAACUCACUGCAGAUAUUUUUUGUUACUGAUCAAAUUGGUAUUGUAUUUGAAUUUAACACAAUAAAUAAAGAAAAAUGUAUGAACAUGUUAACCGGACAUCGCAAUUAUAUUAGUAGUUUUGAUGUCAAUCCGGAUGGUUGUUGGUUCGUCACAGUUGAUAAAGGCGACGAUUCAAUGCUAAUAGUUUGGAAUUCUUCACUUAGGGUUCCAGUUUUUUCGGUAUUGUCACCAUUUAAAAUUGGAAUCUCCAUCGUAAAGUUCAGCAUCGAUUCACAAUAUGUGAUUACGAUAUCGGUUGCAGAUACUAACGGUGAACAGACGAUUAGCAUAUGGGAAUGGACAUCGGGCAACGAAGAAUCGAUUUGUUCAACAAAACUCGACAACAGUAUUGAUAUGAUCGUGCAUCUAUCAUGCUGCUACGAUAAUACAAACUUCUACUGUCUGACUACCGAAAAACUUGUAUUUUUUAUGACUCUGGAAAAAAUGGAUAUAAAUAUUAACAAACAAAAUUCACAAAAAAAUGUAGACUAUACGAUUAAAAUAAUAAUUACUAUUCCGGCCCAAGAUCUAAUGCAAAAAAAAUAUAAUUAUACACAGUCAACAUAUUUAACAAACAGUCGUCAAGUUUUCUCGGCGUCUACUGGAGGUUGGGUAACUGUAUGGGACGACACCGAUUAUGAUGUAAUGGAAAUUGCAAAUGAACCGAUAACGAACAACAAACUAUAUUUAAAACACGUCAAAUUAGACGAGCAUUCUAUUACUACUUUAAUGUGUAUCCAAAACCAUAUCAUAACAGGCAAUACGAACGGUGAUAUAUUUUUUUACGAGAAAUCAUUGCGUGUACUGUACCACUUGAACAUGUUUGUAGGCGAUCCCAUUUCUUCCAUUGCAAUAAUCGGCAAUCAAAUUCAUGUAGAAAAUGAAAAAGAAAAUUCAAGUACGGACAAAAAUUCAGAAGAAGUAACGAAAAAAAUAAUCUCGCUCGAUGACGACUCUAUGUCGUGGUGUGACAUUAGCCCCGAAAUUGGUGCCGAUUUCACCGCCAGCCAAGAUUUUAAAUGCAGUCCACUUUGUAUAAGUACGAGAAACUGCAAAAUUUAUUACAUCGAUAUUACUAACAAAAAUUUUGAUUAUAUAUUUGAACAGUGUGAAGUAGAAUUCAUUACCGCAUUGUCAGUACACCCCAACAGAAGCGAAUUAGUAAUGGGCAAUUCAAUCGGAGGACUUGUUGUGUUUAACUACCGAAAGAAGAAAAUUGUCAAUAGAGUAAUCGGCAAUCAGGAGUUUAAAGAAGACCAUCAGGUCACCUGUAUAAAAUAUUCCCCAAAUGGAAUAUAUCUUUGUUACGGCCGUGCAGAUGGAUUAUUUGAGUUUAUAGAUCCUUAUAGCUUAAUGAAUAAGAUGGAAAAUACAUCAUUCAAUUGGAAUAAAUCACCAGUUAAGCACAUAACGUUUAACGAGUCUUCGACGUACGUGGUUUACACUGACAAUUUGUUUGGUAUAUAUCUAUAUGGCAUCACACAGCUCCAAAAUCCGGACGAAUUCAGUGUUAAAUAUUACGGAUGUUACGAAGUCCACGAGGGAAUCAUUCGAAAUAUUUUAAUAACUGAGUCCAAAAAUAAUCUAUUGAUUUACAGCCUCGGGGUGGAUCACAGAAUCAUCGCAUUAGAUUUUGAUAAAACAAAAGAUAACGAGCACCCCAAACUCGUAAAAAUGAUGAGAACAGAAUCGUACAACGAACCUCUAUAUAUGAUGAAAUCGACCAUCAAUAGGGAUAAAUUAAAUUUUAUUAUUAGCGGAAAUGAUUUACGUUUAUCCUUGUGGAACGACAAACGGUGCAUAUGUACCACUCUAGGAGUCAAUCUCGAAAAUCCGAUUCGAGUAAUGAAAGAGUCUCCCAAGUUCAGCAAUAAUAUAUUUUUUUGCACUGACACAGAUAUUGGAAUUUUACGACAACCCAUCGAUGGAAAUCCGUACAAAAACGCGGCUGUGCUCGGUUCCGGAACAAAAAUUAUCGAUAUUGAUGUUUCAAUGGAUAGCAUGUAUUUAUUUGUUAUUAACGAAAAUAGCUCUGCGAUGAUAAUUUGGUCUGUGCAUUUGAAUUAUUUAGAUAAAUUAGAAAAGCACGGCGGUGUCGGUUUAAAAGCAUACAGUUCUCUUCUAGAAGGCGGCGAAAAUGGUCCUGAAAUUACAGAAUUAAAAGAAUAUUUUUCUUGUGUUCAAUUAGCAAACAGCCGAAAUCCAGAAACCACAGUUAUCAGCGAUUAUGUUGACGUUUACAACUUAUCUUUUCUCAUGAGAGCCAUGGGAUAUUUUCCUUCUGAAACGGAAUUAUCAAAUAUGCUAUAUGAAAUGUUCAGUAGAAUAGGCAAUUCCUCCAUGAUGACAUUCGAAGAGUUUGUUAUUUUGUAUUUGAAUUAUAAGCCACAGUUAAAAAUUAAAUGUGAAGAACUUCACGUGGCGUUUAACGAAUUAAUACAAAAUGACCAAUUUGUAAAUGCUUACGGAGAAAACAAGAUACUGACUCGUGAAUCGUUUGUUCACAUGAUGAAAAAUAAAGGCGAAAAAAUUAAUCCUCGAGAAUUAGAAAUUAUUUUGAACACAUUGCUAAAAACAACAAAAGACAUAUCGUCAGGUUCAGGUGAAAACGCCGACUUGAUUCACUUGGCUUUACCAUUCACAUACACUUUUGAUGAAAUGUUCUCAGAUUUAUUAGGAUUCCAAAGUACAGACUGAACAAAAAACAAAAAUCAAAGUAUUUUGUAUAUUUAUGUAUACACUAUACAUAGGACUUAUAUACAUGGUUGUAUAGUGAUUUUUUUCUUUUAAUAAAUUAUUAUUCGUAGGCUCCAAAAUUUUAUGCACUAAAAUUUAUUGAAAUAUAUU